AGUAACCCCUCAUACAAGAAAAGCAUAAACAACUACACGUACGUAACCAAGCAGCAUGAGCCUCAACGUUCCAAAAAAUAGCAGCAUGCGCCUCAAGGCCGUGUACCAGCGCAUCGUGGACAACUUCCUGGCCGUUGUCACGGCCGCCAUCUCCAUUUACUCUCUCGUCGCCCUCGUGCGGCUCGGACCAGCAGAGCUCAUCAGCUGGCUCCGUGACCUCCAGCUUCAGCCAGCGCACCUCUUCUUGGCGGGGUUCCUCCCGGCCGCAGCGGCCACCGUGUACCUCAUGCUUCGCCCGCGCACGGUGUACCUGAUCGACUACGCCUGCUUCGACACCCGCCCGCUCGCCCGAGUCCCCAGGGCCUCAUUCAUCGAGCACACCAAGCAUACAACCACCAUCGACGAGCGCAGCGUCCGGUUCAUGACGCGGCUGCUGGAGCGCUCCGGGCUCGGGGAGGAGACCUGCCUGCCGGAGGCGUACCACUACGUCCCCACGCACAAGUACUGCACCCUCGAGAACGCCCGCGCCGAGUUCGAGCUCGUCGUCUUCUCGGCCAUCGACGACCUGCUCGCCAAGACCGGCAUCGCCCCGGACGCCAUCGGCGCACUCGUCCUCAACUGCAGCCUGUUCUGUCCAACCCCGUCCUUGGUCGACAUCAUCGUCAACAAGUACAACCUUCGCAGCGACAUCCGCAGCAUCAACCUCUCCGGCAUGGGCUGCAGCGCGGGUCUUAUCGCCGUGGGGCUCGCCAGGAACCUCCUGCAGGUUCUUCCCCAAGGCUCCCGCGCGCUGGCCGUCUCCACGGAGACCAUCACCCCGAACUACUACGUCGGCAACGAGCGCGCCAUGCUCCUGCCCAACUGCUUGUUCCGCGUCGGCGGAGUGGCCGCGAUACUGUCGACGUCCCCCGUGAACGCCCGGUUCCACCUCAAGCAUGUCGUGCGCACCUUGACCGGCGCGAACGACGACAGCGCGUACCGGUGCGUGUUCCAGGAAGAGGACGACCAAGGGAACGUCGGGAUCAACCUCAGCAAGAACCUGAUUGCCGUCGCCGGGAGCUCCCUCCAAGCCAACAUCACCGAGAUCGGGCCGCUUGUGCUACCCUUCUCCGAGCAGCUUCUAUUCGUCCUCUCCUUCGUCGCACGCAAGCUGCUUCACGGCGCCCGGGUCAAGCAGCCCUACAUCCCGGACUUCUCCACGGCGUCCGAGCACCUGUGCAUUCACGCCGGCGGCCGCGCCGUCAUAGACCAGCUGCAAGAAAAGCUCGGCCUCUCCGACGAGCAGGUGGAGGCGUCGCGGAUGACACUGCACCGGUUCGGAAACACGUCGAGUAGCUCGCUAUGGUACGAGCUCGCCUACAUCGAGGCCAAAGGCCGGAUGAGCAAGGGCGACCGCGUUUGGAUGAUCGGCUUCGGCUCAGGGUUCAAGUGCAACAGCGUGGUGUGGGAGUGCAUCCAACCAGCUGCCCGCCACACCGAUGGGCCGUGGACCACCUCUAUCCACAGGUAUCCGGUGGACAUUCCCGACGUGCUAAAAUAAGUCAAAGUUUACAAAGUUUGACUUUAAAAAUUCUAAUAUGCAUUAUAUUUUGGGAUGGUGGGAGUACUACAUAAUAAGUGAAAAACCCACACGUCGCCUAAAUAUUAAAAUCACAUGAGAUGUUGUGAGAAACCCUAAUUAGUUGUAAUUACUGUGUUUUAGUGUACCCUGAAGGGUACCCCUAAAGUUACACAUUUAUACUUCUAUAGGCAGGAGAAAUAAAAAAACCAGUGUUUCUGUUUUUGUUCUAGUUGCCCUCUCCUCUAGCAAUUGUAUAUCUAAUGCCAGGAGGAUGUUAGUAUAAGCACAACACGGGGUUAGAUUUGGUCAUUAAGUUUGUAACAGGAUCAUCGAUCUAUAAGGUGAUUCCCAAGUUUAUUAAAGUCCUUCCGGUUGAGUCAAAUGUCAUGUGAAGGUGUUGUAAAUCGGGGUUCGAGUUGUAUUCCCGAUGGCAUCCUAUUGUCUUGUGUCAUCUUGGGUGUCAGUGUCAGUCUAAUAGAAAGCUAUGGGAAAUAUCCUAAAAGGCCGCAAGUUAUCGCGGCGCCAAAAUAUUUUC